AUGUGUCAGCGGCUUUUCAGAAAGGGAGCGACUAGAGAGCGCUGCUCAGACUCUCCUCUUCUCCAACCUCGCUCGGGACUCCCGACUCGGUUUUGCCCGGCGGCGAGGCUUAUCCGGCUUUUAAAAGCUGGCACUUUGGGGAGUCUUUUUCUCUCCUCCUGCUUCGAGAGCGAGGGGCGGAAAGCGCUUCUGGAGAGUCGCUUCCGCUGCUUCCCGGAGAGUUGUCGCCUGAGGCCCAUCGGGGCGUCGCCUGCCUCUCUCUCUCUCUUCUUCUUCGGCCACGGCAGAGGAUCGCUAUCCCGCGGGCGGCGUAGAGACAAAACGGGUACGGGGGGGGAAGGCUUGGGAGGGAAAGGACGUGAGUGGGUUCAAAAUGGCGAGCGGGAAGGGGGGGGAAUAAAAACGCCGUCCCAAUUAACGCAGCUAAUUGCAGAGGGGGUUGGCGGCUGAGGCUGCGGCGCUGAGGUAUCCUCCUCUUCCUUCGCGCCGCUGUGGAUUAUUUCCCAAGCCUCCCGGCGUCUGAGGCGAGAAUUGCGCGUUCGCGCUGGUCGGGCGAAGGCGAGCGCUCUCUUAGCUUUCGGUUUCCCCUCCGCGUUUCUCUCCUCACCCCUGUGAUGUCAGGUAACACCGAAUCCUAAUGGCUUUCUCCCUUUCUCUUUUCCUGCUCCCCACUACGACCGCCUCCCUCGCGCAGCAGAGAGAGAGAGAGAGAGAGACUCGAUUCCGGGCAUCGCAAACCUGGCCAAGGAGGUGGCUGGCGCCGUCGCUGCUGCUUUGCGAGGCGUGAAAAUCCGCUUCCCGCGAGGAUCCCGAGGAUCGCUGCCGCCCCGUGGAGGGAAACGAUGUCGAAACGGCUCCACACUUGGCGAGGAUAAAUGGGCCCGCCGUAAGUGUCACGUUUAUUUUGUCAUUAGAUGCAUUUUUAUGGUCCGUCGUCCCGUCCCGACGCGCCCCCACCCACCGCACCAUCUACUUUUUCCAUUUAAAGAGUCCAUAAAGUGUGGAGAGAGGACUUGCUUCCCCCCUGGUCAGAGGUAAGUUGUUGAUCUCUGAGGGCGGGGGGGGGGAGAUUGUUUCAUAUUUUGUUAUAGUGUUGGGGGGAGAUAAGCACAGUUCGUUUCUCUCCGACUCCCUUAUCGCCUUUUUAGGGUUCUGUAACAGUGUGACUGCGCUGCUAGGGCUCUGAUAUCCCUUCUUCUCAGAGCCCCCCCCCCAAAAGAAACUCUGAAAUUUCCUAGCUUGUGUUGAGUUGGUAGUGCUGUUACUCUGGAGACUUGAUUUUAUUCCUCCCUCACAGAUGUGACUGGGUGAUCUUCACAAGGUGCUAUUUCCCAAUGGUAAAAUAUUAUCUGAAUCCAAAGCAAAGUCCGUUACUACACUUUUUUUGGUAAAAAGUUAAAUAUGUAUUUUAAAAAAUCAGGCCAGGAUUGAAUCUUGCUGUUUUUCAAAGAUUAUCUUUAGCUGACUUUCGCUGUACCAGAACAAAUUCCCCUUGAGUAAUUAUUUCUAUGUAUAUAUGUAUUCUGUUUUAAGAAUACAUAUUCUUAAAACAGUACAGUACUGGGAAAUUCAGUGGAUAAAAGUGAAAAACUCUGAAUUGACUUUGAAAUAAAUAUAAUCUAUUUUCUACUUGUGUAUCUUCAGCUCAGUCCUAGUCAUGUUUGUUUGAAACUUAGGUUGCACAGAUUUAAAAGGGACUGGCUCCCUGGUGUGUAUAGAAUUGGUAUACUCAGCUGCUUGUUAUAAUUGUACCUCUAUUUAUAGGAAUGCCAAAGAGCUAUUUUUUGAGAACCUCUUCCAUCUUCCCUGUUACAAUUUAUGAAGUGUCUCAACAGCUAGAAGCACUAAAAUUAUUUUUCAAAAGUUGCUUCAGCAAGUCAGUGUUUCUUACUGACUGAAGAAUAUUAAAUGUUUGCCACCGUGUUCCUAUACAGAAACUGUCCUAGCAGUGUUGGAAUGAUCCUUGAAGGUUUAUGUUUGUAGCACCUAGGUUGACCAUGUAAGUCAUGGAAUUAUGCACUUAAAAGUGGUGCACAGAAGAGUAAAAUAUGAUGGAGAGAUGGAACUUAAUUCAGUGUGGAAAAUAACAGUUACAUUAGAAUUAUCUGACUGAUAAUAUUUGAUAUUAAAUUUAAUCUAUUGUGAAUUUUUAGGUUAAGUUGCUCCAAUAUGCCUAGAUCAGGCAUCCCCUACCUUUGGCCCUCCAGAUGUUUUGGACUACAGUCACCAUCAUCCCUGACCACUGGUCCUGUUAGCUAGGGAUCAUGGGAGUUGUAGACCAAAACAUCUGGAGGUUGGGGGUGCCUGGCCUAGAGCAGAUUCAGAAAAAGCAAGCGACAUUUCAGAGUAUAAAAACAAUUAAAAAUAAUCAAAAAUUACAAAGUACAGUAAACUGCAGUAUAUACUCGAGUAUAAGCCAACUUUUUUAUGCUGAAAAGGCCUCCUUUGGCUUAUACUCGAGCCAGGCGGGUGGCGGUGAUGGAGGGACGAGCGGCCUGAAAGGAGCCCUUUCUCACCGCUGGUCCCCCCGCAGCCGCCCGCCUCUGUGCUGUGCCUCUCCCAACUGCGGCUCCUGUGCCUGCUCUGCAGAGGUGGCGGUGGAGGGACGAGUGGCCUGAAAGCAGUCCAUUCGGGCUGCUCCUCCCUCCUCCUUUGCCGCUGUCGGUGGCGGUGGCCAAGGAGGAACAAGCAGCCCUUUCGGGCUGCUUAUUCUUCCUCCACCACUGCUGCCGCCACCGCCAGGUUUGUGGUGUGGUGAACCGGCUUAUACUCGAGUUAAUAAGUUUUCCCAGUUUCUUGUGCUAAAAUUAGUUGCCUCGGCUUAUAUUCAGGUUGGCUUAUACUUGAGUAUAUACGGUAUAUUGAGUUAUUGAGUAUUAUAGAAAGUACAAUGGACAGUUUGUAGCCUUAAUAGCCUUUACUGAUGGUAGGGUGAGCGUUGCUCCCAGAACAGGGAGGAAGGAAUCAAAUGACACCGAGGUUGAUUCAGAGAAAGAGUUUAUUCUGCUCUCCAGAUAGCCGAAGGCACUUGCGUGGUCAGUUCACAGCAAGUCCAAAGAAAUAAGAAAUUUCAUGCAGUAUAUAUAUCCUCCAGGCACCCUCUCCCCCCUUCCCCAGGAAUCCAACCACGUCAGCUUAUACAUGUAAGUUGACAUCCAUGACCAUAAACAGAUAUUCCUGUUACAGUAUUCCUGACCAUAAAAGGUUGUUCCUGUUCCUAUACUCUUGGGGCAGGAGGUCACCAACUCUAAGAACACUCCUGGCACCGUUCCCAGACAAGGUCUGUGCGUCAUUGUGGUCAGGAAGUAAGAUAAGACCCAGAUGUGUCAUCCCUGCUCCACUUUGGAAUGGACAAGGCCAUUCAUUAGGCGUCAUGGACUGAUAAAGGAGAGAGCUUUGUUUAUACAGCUGGGUUCUUGGCUCAAGUGCUCAAGUUAAUGCAUUUUAGCUAAUGGAGGAGGAAAAAUGGGAUUUUUGGGCCUGUUUCAGACUGACUGCACAGUCAGAUUUUACAUUUGGGAAACCCAUUCCUUCAAGUUAAGGAAAAGAAGGAAAAUAAAACUAUUGUUAUUACUGGACUGUCUUAUCCAGGGGUAGGCAACCUAAGACCCGUGGACUGGAUGCGGCCCAAUUGCCUUCUCAAUCCGGCCUGCAGACGGUCCAGAAAUUUGCAUGUUUUUACAUGAGUAGAAUGUGCCCUUUUAUUUAAAAUACAUCUAUGGGUUAUUUGUGGGGCAUAGGAAUUCGUUCAUUAUUUUUUUUCCAAAAUAUAGUCCGGCCCACCACAUGGACCAGCCCACGGCUGAAAAAGGUUGCUGACACCUGGUCUUAUCUCUUAUAUACCCAGCAAAUCCUUGUGAUCUUCAAGUUCCAAAGUUCUCAGAGGCCCAUGGUGCUUUUAGUGUGGCUGAACCUGUAUUGAGGAAUACGAUUUCUGUUGAGAUAUGACAGGAGUCCACUGUCCACACUUUCCAGAAACAAUUGAUUUUGUUGUUGUUGUGAUAGGCUUUGCUACAAGUGUCCACUUGUUAAGUUUUUAGUCUUGUUUUUAAAUGUAUUCUUACUGUUGUUUUUAAAUGUAUUUGUUUUUGUGUGUUUAACUGUCCUUCUGAUUGGUUAAGAGCCUAGUAAAACUACUUUAAAAUUUGUUCUCUCUCCCCACCCUUCCCAAAAUAUUAUUACAAUGACUUUAAUUCUGGUUUAAUUUUGUUCUGAUGUCUUGACUUCCACCCCAUUCCUAAUUGACUUCCCACCUUUCCCAGUUGCCUGGGUUUGUAAGCAAGUUUGUAGGAAAUAUAAAAGUUAUGGGGGAUAAAGGACUGUUCUAAUCAAGGCAGCCAGGGGAAAAAACCACGUGGUGGCAGUAGUGAAGACCACAGGAGCAGUGUUCAAAACUAACCAGGUGCUAGUCACUUUUUUGCGACUCAGGAACACCCGCUUGUGACCAAGUGGAGAUUUUCAGUCGCAAAGUUUAUAAAAACUAAUCUGCCUCUGGUGGAUUCUGAAUAUAAAGAUUUUAAAGGGUCCUUGCCUGAUUUGAUACAUGAAGAUAAUGCUUUUACAUCUUGCGUGAUAGGCAGUGAUCUCGCCUUUAGACAAUAUUUGAUUUAGCAGCAAAAAGAGCUGUGUUCUGACCCUGAAGAGUUAACUUUCUGUAAAUAACCUAGUCAGUUAAUGCGUCUUUCAGUAGAAAUGUAAAUCAACCUGAUGAAGUUUGUGAAUUGGUAGGAUAUUUGUUUGUUUGUUUAGUCCUGUGAAAACACUAGUCCUGUGAAAACAAGAGUCAGUUUCCUCUGGGAUAUUAUUGGCUUAAUGCCACAAGUUAAAUCUGGUGUUGGCUAGAUAGAGUGAAGAAACUCCAAAGCUUUUAAGGUGGAGCCUUACACUCCAGGAUUUUGAUUUUGAUAACAGUUGCUUAAGUUAUUUAAUGUUUUAUUCCUGUGUGAUGUAUGUUCCCUAUUCUCUAACUUGAUGCUGAUAGGUUCUAGAUGAACAAUGUGGAUCAUGAGGAUUAGAGCUAUUUUAAUCUCUGUGUUUUAUUUGGUAUUAUGAUUUUAUAACUUCUUUAUGCUGUUACUAUUUCUGUGUAGAACUGGUUUUAGUAUUGAGAUACGGGCAUGUUAUAGUAAAUAUACUGUAUUUGUGGCCUACUUAAGAUGAAAUUCUAGCAUCUAGAAAUUUCAUCUAAGAAAAAAAGGGAUAUCAUGAAUUGAUUGUUCAGCAGAGCAGCUGUUGUUAAUUGAGCUGUGUUGAACAUGAACACGUCACUCGGUUGGCUGGUUUGCCAGAUUUCCCCCCACCCCCCAGUUGCUAUGAGUAUUUUGCUGGCUUGGCCUCCCCGAGGGAACACAAACUCCUGGGCCUGCUGUUUGACUCUUUGGUAUGCCAUCUGUUUGGAGAAUAAAGUCUGCAAAACAGUUGGUGCCAUCUCCUGGUGAUGACAAUCAGAUAUACAGAAAAUAAAUUUGGGGAAUGUCCAUCACCCUUAGGACCCAAUAUUGGCUCUUUGUUGGGUGCUGUAGCCUUUUGUGUGUGUAGGGAAACGGCGUUUCCCCUGCUGAAGCAAUAUAUAGUUGUACUUCCAAAACAAAAAGUAUUUUCUUUUUGUUUGCAGCACCUUGCCAUUUUACAGCUCUUUUAAAAGGCAACUAAAUAAACUAAAACUAAAGCCCUGACUAGUUUUCACUGCAAAGCAACACUAGGACUGUGCUAUAAAUCGAUAUAUCGUUUGGUACUGGGUUUUACAUCAAAUCGUGAUAACUUGACAUUGCAAUUUAUCGCAAAUGUGUGUGUGGUAUACAAAAAGCACAAUAUUGGAAAAACAGGGAAGCCAACUUCCUUCUGUGUGUGCAGCUCUUGCCAACUCCACCUCAGUUGUUCCCUGCCUCCCACAACGGCAAGAAAUCGCUGCAGCAGGCUGACUCAAGUAUCUCCAAGCUCUCUGAAAAACGGAUAAAGAGUAGAGUGUUUUGAAAACUGAACUAUGGUACCUAUAUUUUUAAUGUGAACAUCAAAUUAAACCUGUAUAGUGGUACCUUGGGUUAAGUACUUAAUUCGUUUUGGAGGUCCAUACUUAACCUGAAACUGUUCUUAACCUGAAGCACCACUUUAGCUAAUGGGGCCUCCUGCUGCCGCCGCGCCACCGUAGCCCAAUUUCUGUUCUUAACCUGAAGCACUAUUUCUAGGUUAGCGGAGUGUGUAACCUGAAGCGUACAUAACCCGAGGUACCACUGUAUUAACAAUAUCUGCUAAAAAUGUGUCACUUAUCUGACUUUCAUAUUAAUUCAUGCUUAUCAAAAUAAUAAACUGUUGCCCCUCCCCCCCACGUGGCGCCUAGACAUUUUGUUUUGGCUCCCACAACUCAGGUCCUAGAAGUGCUUUGGCUGCUAGCUUUGCUAUCCCAGUUUCUAACACUGUCCCCAGCCUCUCCUCUCUCUGUUAACUUUCCAUUCCAGUUCUAAGUUGCUUCCUUCCUUGCUCUGGUGAUCCAGCCCCUAUUCUCCUCCCCUGCUUCUCUCUCUCUCUCUCUCUCUCUCUCCCUCUCUCUCCCUCUCCCUCUCCCUCUCCCUCUCUCUCUCUCUCUCUCCCUCCUCCCAUGUGUAUGUGUGAUAUGUGUAUGUGUGAUAUUCUAUCUCUCCCCUCCCUUGUUGGUGUGCUUGGUUUUGUGAAGCCAGAGAGGAGCUCCUCUGUGGCACUACUCUGCUGCAAGUUGGAAGGAACUCUCCCCCCCCCCCGCAAGUACCAUGCUUGGCUUGUAAAUUGCUUCAGAAUAAAAGGGGGAGGGGAAGUGUGUUCAGCACAGCUGGCAAUGUUCUUCAAAUACAAAAGGCAUCUCUAUUGCCAGAGAUUGCCAAAAUGCAAAUUAUCCUUGAAAAAAACAAAUUAAAUUUACUAAUUUUUGUUCUGUAAAAUUUUAUCUGUUCUUUCUGAUUUGGCUUGGUUUAUAAAAGAAAUGCAAAAUUUCCUGGCAAUAAAAAUAUAAUUUUUGUUUAUAUUUUGUGUUAAAAUGUAUCUGUACCAUUCUUUUUUGGCUUGGUUUAGAAAAGAAAAUUAACAAUCAGAUUCAAUAGUGAUUUAUAUUUGCAUAUCUUAAAGUGUUACACUGACUUUGCUUUUUUUCUUGUUUAGUAAUGUAAUUAAUUUUUUAGGGGAAAUUCUCUUACCUUUUGAUAUCUAUGCUACUGAUUAAUUUUAGAGAAACUGUGCUAAUUUAAACAUUAUUGGUACAAUAGUACUAUAACAGUUGUAACAAUAUGUUAACUCUAAGUAAAAAAUUAUCAGUUUUACAGAGUUAGACCCAUAAGUAGUAGCUGUUGCCAGGAUAUUACCUUGUUCGCCUCUACAUAGCUUCAGCCUUGUUUCAAAUACUGUGAUAUAUCGAAAUCUCAAUGUUUAGCUCGUGCAGUGUUGAACAACCAGAUACUGCCCAGCCCUAAUCAACACUGAAAUAUUAAGGUUGCAGUUAUCAGUGGAAAGAUAAUUUAAUGGAGAAUGUAAUGCAACAGUUUGUUUAAUUAUCUGUACUCUAUCAAAAGUUAUAGCCAAAUAACUAGAAAAAGGAAGCACAGGUUGCUUAGGUUGAUAUGCAGUGGCUUUCCUUCAUUUGAAAGUAGCCAAUGAGCAUGAGUGUUUAAAGAGCCAAUCAGGUGUCAUCUUGUUAUGGCAAUGAUCCAAUCAGGUCACAGUAGGAUUCAGCUAUCGAUGUUAUGUACUGGAGCUGAGAGGAGGAUGUUUGUCAGCAUGUUAUAUGAUUGCUAUCUAGUUGGUUGAGGUUUUUUCCCCUUUCAUUUAGUGAGCUUGUAAUAAAUGCCCUCCCACCAGAUGUCAAAGAAAUAAACAAACAGCUGUCUGACUUUUAGAAGACACCUGAAGCAGCCCUUUUAGGAAAGUUUUUAAUGUUUGGUCUCUUACUGUGUUUUUAAUAUUCUGUCGGAGGCCGCCCAGAGUGGCUGGGGAAAGCCAGCCAGAUGGGCGGGGUAUAAAUAAAAAAUAAUAUUAUAAAAUUAAAGAAAUGGUGCAAAGAGGACUGGUCACCCAGAAAGCAAAGUAAAAUAGUACUAUUAAGUGAACAAGGCUACAAUUAUGAAGAAAUUAGAAGAAAAAUUGGUGGAAACUAAACCAAAGGUGGCAUUUCUAAAUUUUGAAGAGGUCUAAGGAGACUUGGACAUGGGUGGCGCUGUGGGUUAAACCACAGAGCCUAGGACUUGUCGAUGAGAAGGUCGGCGGUUCGAAUCCUGUGACGGGGUGAGCUCCCAUUGCUCAGUCCCUGCUCCUGCCAACCUAGCAGUUCGAAAGCAUGUCAAAGUGCAAGUAGAUAAAUAGGUACCGCUCUGGCGGGAAGGUAAACAGCGUUUCCGUGCGCUGCUCUGGUUCUCCAGAAGUGGCUUAGUCAUGCUGGCCACAUGACCUGGAAGCUAUACGCCGGCUCCCUCGGCCAAUCAAGUGAGAUGAGCGCCUCAACCCCAGAGUCGGUCACGACUGGACCUAAUGGUCAGGGGUCCUUUUACCUUUACCUAAGGAGACUGUUACUAGAAAAUCAGACUGAUAAAGGCAAGAAGAAGUGCACAACAGCAAGUGAUGAUAGAAGAAUUAAGAGACUGCCUACGUGACAGAAGAAAAUCAUCUGGAUGUAUUCAAGAUGACAUGGCGCAGUGUAAUGUGAAGUUGACUGCAAGGUCUAUUCGGCGCAGACUGCAGGAAUAUGGUCUAAAUUCCAUGGAAAAAGCCAUUGAUACCUCUGUUUGAAAAGAUUAAACUGGGCUAAAACCCAUGUUAAUUGAACAGCGGAACAAUGGGACAGUUACUUUGAGUGAUGAGACCCAAAUCUCCUUGCUUGGUAGUAAUGGCAUGAAAUACGUGAGGAGAAGAAUCGGAGAAGAUUUACAUCCUACUUGUACUACACCUAACAUGAAACACCUAGUGUUAUGAUCUAGAGUUGUAUGACAACAAAAUGUGUGGGCAGAAUUGCAUCAUUAAUGGGAAUGUAAAUGCCCAAAUAUACAUAGCCCAGACCCUAACCCAAUUAAAAAAUCUAUGGAAUGGAUCCAACUAAAAAAACUGGUUAUGUCAGAAGCUAUGCAGCAAUAAAACCAAAUUAAUAGAGACAAUAAUUCAAUCUUGGUUUCACAUUAUUACAGCUGCAGAACUAAAAAAAUUGGUUCAUUCCAUGGGAAGGUGUUGUUAGGUCGUAAUUAAAGCUAAAGGUUACCCAACUAAGUAUUAACUGACACUCUGAAAAUCUUAGUAUAUAUCAUUUUUUCUGUGUUUCACAUUUCUUCUUUGACUGGUGUUGUAAUAAAUAAUCCUUCAUAAAUGUUAUUGCAUUACAUUCUUCAUAAAAUUAUCUUUCUAUUGAUAUAAUUUUAUAGUAUUACCCAAAAAAAGUUGGUGUUAUGAACCAUCAAGCCUCUGAAAUACUUUUUCCAAAGGGUUUCCACAAUUUUGGCCACUAGUGUAUAUAUAAUAACCAGUAACUAAUCAGCAACCAAUCUUAUAAGUCAUUUAAAAAAAAUAUUUUGCAAUUCUUUCCCCUCAGUUUCUUAGCACAAUUAAAUAGAUAUCCUUUCAGUUUUGUAGAGAUUUUAAUUAUUUUAUUGUCUCAUGUUGUACUAGAGCUAAUGUUUGCUGCUAGAGCAAAAGUGGCUCACUUUACAUUUCCUUAUUUUGGGCACUGUGACCUAAGCUAAUUUUAAACCUUUGUUUUCUCCCCCCACCCCCGUCCCUUAAGAUAUUUUCGUGCAUCUUUUUGUGAAGGAUACUUGUGUAUUGAGGGAUGUUAUGCUUUUAAGUGGCAGAUCAAUCUUAACCAAAAUUUGUCACUUCUCUUUGAAUAUCGUCUGUAUUAUCUUUCUGUGUAGCAAUUCCAUAUGUAUUGAAAAAGUAUAGAUGUAUGGGAACCAUGCAUUAUUUUUGUUUGUUUUUCAGAAACCUUAUGA